AUGCGGAAUCAAAGUGGCCUUAAUCUAACUUUACCUACUACAACUGACCCUAAAGUAAUUGUCCUAAAUGCCGAAAACUCAGCUUGGCUAGUAAUCGCAAUGUUAAUUUUAGUGAUCAAUUUAUUUGUUCUGUCGAUCAUUCUAAUUCGCAAAAAUUUGCGAAAUCCAUCCAAUGCCAUAUUAUGUAGUAUGUUUAUAUGUGGAUGCACUAUCCCUAUCGUCUAUAUCUUCCCCGGCCGGGUAUUUGAAGAAUGGCGCUUUCAAUCGAUUUUUCUCUGUUCAACAUCGCCAAGUUUUGCUUUUGCUUCUAUUACGUGUUAUAACUUGCACAUAUGUGGAAUUUGCCUGGAUAAAAUGAUGUCCAUUUUGACACCAUUUCGUCAUCGAAUAUUAUCCAAUACGAGAAAUAUUGCUAUUUUAAUUGCUGGAUUUUGGAUUAUUCCUUAUGUAACUGGUUUUAUACCACUCUAUACUUAUCGACCCUAUUCUAGUCAAUUUUGUGUCUACGAUAACAGAAGUCAUCAAAUAAUUCAAAACGAUCAAAUCUUUCAAACGAUCUUUUUUGUGACAUUAAUAUUUAUUCCAAUGUUGACCACAAUUAUGCUAUAUUCAGUAGCACUUGUCAAAAUUAAUCGUAAGAGCGGCUCUAAAAUCUUAGCCGAUGCUAUUAAUCAAACAGUGCAAAAAUCCAACUUGUCCAGAAAUUUAAAAGUACUUCGGCAAUUAUUUUUUGUCCUCGGGUUAUUUGCUAUAUGUUGGUUGCCUUUUUUUAUUCUAUUUGUUGUACAACAAUAUUAUUUUAACGAGACAACACGUUUAGUCUAUUCUGUAUUUCGUUAUUUAGCACUGACUUAUCCUAUCAUCAAUCCAGCUUUAGUAUCCUUUUUUACUAGUAGUAUUCGCGAUGAAAUUAUGUACUUAUUUAAUCUUCGUACCAAAGAGAUAAAUUUUUCAAGCUAUCCAAGAAUUGAUCAUUUAUCAAGAAAUGUUAACUACCAAGUACACAAUCCAAGUACUCAAACUAUAGUUGCAAGCACCGAUGGCUUGCAAAAUACCCAUCCAAUACAAUGGGUUAAUACAGAAACUCAAGACGAUGAUCAUGAAGAAAUGUUGCUGUAG